AUGUCGCAUCACGCUCCCACCUCGCGCCCAAAGCCUCCUCCCCCGGGCAGCGAAGAGGCAUCGUCCAUCCUCAACCUCGGCGAAUUUCAACACGUCGACACGCUCACAUUGUCCGAAGCAUCACUCGUCAUCAACGCGCUCGUGACCAAGCGCAAGAUGGAUCGCAAGAACAUUAACGAGACCGAGAUGUUGACACAGACUCUCAACUACCUGGACGCCUUCUCCCGAUUCCGCCAGAAAGAGAAUGUCGAGGCCGUCGAACGAUUGCUCUCUGCACACAAGCAGCUCGCCAAGUUUGAGCGUGCACAAAUAGGGUCGCUUUGCUGCGAAACGGCCGAAGAAGCCAAGACACUCAUUCCGUCCCUACAAGACAAAAUCUCCGAUGAUGACCUCCAAAUACUCCUCGACGAGAUCAGCAAGCUUCAAAGCAGAUGA